AUGGAGGACUGCGGUGCCCCGCCGUUGUCAUCCACGUUUCUUCUGCCCCCGUCUCGCGUUUCCCGGCUUCUCCUGGCAACUGCUUCCGCAUCCCCGAGUCGAACACCCUCUGCGUCGAUUGCCAUGACUCCCUCCUCUCCCACUGGUGUAGCACCUGCCUCAGAAGCCUCCGCUUCCGCUCCUGCCUCUCGUGCGGUUGCUGCGGCUGCUUCGAUUUCGCCUCUCUCGUUCUCGCUGAUGUCAGCGGCGGCAUUAUCGACAACAGCAGCAAAUGCAUCGGAACCGUCUGCUUUCCCUCGACUCUACGAGCAUUCCUCGGUCGCCACGCCGACACUCCAUUGGUUGGCUGCUGCACCUAUCACCUCCUUGGCACCCAAUGCCACGUCUCUGGACACUAGUCCUCUACAUGCCAAGCCUCCCAUUGACGACCCUCCGAACUUCAUGUUCUCGAACCUCACCCCUCCCAACCUUGCGCAUCCCAACGAUGCGCUGGUUGAUGUGGACACGUAUGCUACUGGUAGAGCAUUCACAGUACAACCCAACAGCUUCAACCAUCUUCUCGCACCUAUACUCGCCCUCACCCCUCCCCAGGCGGCAGCUGUAUUAGCCAGGCUCAUGUAUAUGCAAUCUAAUCUUGGAGCUACACCAGGGUCACAUCCUGGUGGUGUGACAGCCACGAUGGCAGCUGAAACAGAGCCUCAGCCAAACAGCGCGUUAAGAACGGCAGGCACGGGUACAGUAACGCCGGCAGUACAGUACACCGACGCCACGCCCUUAGGCGUGCUUGACAGCCGGCCGAAGCUGGGCUUUAAGGGAAUAUCUGGGAAGCGGCAGCUGGUGGCCGGCGUGAACCGUGCUUACAGCGGUACUCAGUUCGACCCUUGGAUUCCCGACUCUGCUGUGUGCGUUGGAAGGCUCUACAUUGUACAGAUCGUCAACUACGCCAUUGUGAUUUACAACAAGCGGGGCAAGAUAGUUCGCCUGCCCCAACCACUCAACGAGUUCUUCGGAGUGAUGCCAGCCAAUUCCACCCGCCCAGGCGACUUUAUCAACAAGGCCACGUGCGUCUUUGACGCCUCGUCAGGCCGAUUCUUCCUCGCUGCUGCAUGGCUCUCGGGUGGGUAUCGCAACAAGUGGGACCGGUUUGGGCAGACGCGGAGGAACGCGGAUGGGAGCACAUCGGGCUAUGGCAUAGUGGUGGCGGCCUCCUCCUUCCUCACGCCCUUGAUGGCUUGGAAUGUCUCCUUCAUUCCCUCCAGCAACGACGGGGUCAAGUCGCACAACGACACGGCUCCCCCGCUGAGAUACCCCGGCAGGGUCUACUGGGGAGCGACCCCUCGCAUCACGGUGGACCGCUACGGGGUGUACCUCACCACCCGGCAGUAUGCCAUGCAGGGGAAGCUGGGACGCUUCGUCGGCAGCAACAUAUAUGCGAUCCACAAGCCCAAGCUCUACGUCCGCUCCUCCAAGCGAGUGGUGCGCUUCGCCAUCCCCAUGAUCAACUACAACAGCUUCCCUGUCUUCGGCCUCGAGCCGCAGUCCCCCCGCGUGCCGCGCCUCUCCCGCUUCAAAGGCCAAGUCACAGUCUUCUUCGGCUGCAUCGACAUCUCCUUCACCUCCCCCCUCCCCCACACCUCCCUCGCACUCUGGUCCCUCUCCGAUACCUCCUCUCUCAUGCUCCCACACCCGACUCUCCGGCUCCGCUACUCUAUCAUCGACACUCCCGCGUAUUACGAUUCUGACUAUGCCAAGCAGAAGGCCGGCCCGCCACCGUAUGAUACCCCCCAGGAUGUGGUUCCUCCGACGUCCACGUCUGUAGCGUGGUUCAAGGGGCAUGUGUGGAUGGCGUUUCCGUCCGGCUACAGCCUGGAUCCUACGUCGGUGCCGUCUGUAGCGCUGGUAAAGCUGCAGCCGUUCCUGCGGGGGAAGAGGACGUUUCCAACCCUGGUGAAGAAGUUUGGGAUUUAUGGAGUGCCAGGGCAGAGCCUGCUGAGCCCUCCUGCAUCGCGCACUAGCAGCGGAAGGUCGGAAAACCGCGCGGAAAUCCUUCCCCGCAGCGGAAGCGGAAGCUUGCGCGGGGAGACGGGGCUCGUGCGGAGCGCAAGCAAGGGCGAGGACGUGGCGGCGCACGGAAACGCGCUUGCGCUGGUCCCCGUGGGCGGAGGGUGGGGGGAGAUGCUGAACCAGGCGCGGGGCGGAGCGGGGGGGCUGAUGGUUCCCGCGGCAAUGGCGCAAGAGAGCUCUGACGUGGUGAUGGGGAUACUGUGGAAGUGGGUCAAUCUGGGGCGCGGCUGGGGCAUGCGUCUGUUUAUCCUGGAAGGGGGCGCUCUGUCCUUCUUCAAAUUGGACGGUCCAGAUAAGGCCAUCGUGCUUCACGAGCUGCAGCGGCGGCCGGGCGCGCGACUGAUCGGCGACGAGAUUCGUCGCUACGUGCGAAUCGAGCGCGAGAACGGCGUGCUGGCGACGUCGCUGGGCGUGCUGGGCGACAGAACGCCGCACGGGCAGAUCGAGCUCCACGUGUCAACCAUCCGCGCGAGCACGACGGACAACCGAAAGUUUUACGUGUUCGGGCACAGAACGCUGGGUCUUAGAACGGAAUCCAAAGCGGGGCGGUCGCUUUGGAUGGAAGCCAUAGAAAACGCGCGCGUGAACCUAAUUAAGAGGCUCCACGCGGCGCCGAAUAAGGUGGACGUGUCGUCGCACGUGUGCUUCGACGCGGUUAGGACGUACAUGCAGCGGAACGGGGUGGAAGAGGAGAUUAUAAGCGGCGUUGAGGAGCUAGUUCGGAGGAAGGUGGUGGUGCGGCUCGAGACUAAGUUAAGGGAGGAGCAGAGGAAGCGGUUACAGCUGCUGACGCUGCUGCGGCAACUCGAGGCGGAGAAGGUGGAGCUGGAAACGGCAGUGGUGGACGAGAAGAGGCAGCAGGGCCAACCCAGCAGCAGCGCCAUGCUACGUGAGUGCACGGGAAUGUGUGAGACAGCAGUGCAUCCAGCCGCUCUAACCCAAUUCUCUCCUCUCUCCUCCUCAUUCCCCCUCUCAAUCUCCACCCACACCAUUCCCCCUCACAUUCCUCCCUCACCCCCUCUUCCCGCAACCUCCUUCCCCCAGUGGGCGAGGAGGACGACGAUGCAGACAGCACUGGGCGAGGAGGACGACGAUGCAGACAGCACGUUCAACGACGACGAUGGGGACGACGAGGGGGAUGACGACCCGGGCGCGCUGGCCGUUGGCGGGGGCGGCAGGGCGCGGAAGCAGCCGCGGCUGACGUCGACGGUGCGGGAUACGGACGAGGACGAGGGGGACACGGACAGCGACUGCGAGGCGAUGACCGAGUUCGCGGGGCAGGGCAUGGUGAAACGCGUGCUGGAUAUCGAGGAGGUGAGCUGUUUGGGAGGGGAAAAGGGGACGAGGGGGAGGUGGAGGUGUUGGGGAAAAGGGGGGAUGGGCAAGGGCAUGGGCAGGCAGGGCAUGGUGAGACGCGUGCUGGAUAUCGAGGAGGUGAGCUCUGCUAGGGGCGAGCCUGUGGUCCGUGCUCAAGGAGUGCAUGGGCAAGGACAGUUCAAGGUGGGGUUCAGCUACCCGCACGUGCCGCGGAGAAUGAAGCUCCCCGAUCCAGAGGAGGAGGAGAAGCCUCUGAGCCUGUGGUCCGUGCUCAAGGAGUGCAUGGGCAAGGACAUGUUCAAGGUGGGGUUCAGCUACCCGCACGUGCCGCGGAGAUUGAAGCUGCCCGACCCGGAGGAGGAGGAGAAGCCUUUGAGCCUGUGGUCCGUGCUCAAGGAGUGCAUGGGCAAGGACAUGUUCAAGGUCUCGCUGCCCGUUAGCUUCAACGAGCCGCUCAGCUCGAGCCAGAAGUACCUCGAGAUGCUCGAAUACUCGUGGCUGCUGGAUAGAGCUGCGGAGUACGGCCGGAGGGGCAACCGGUUGAUGCGAGCAGCACAUGUGGCGGCGUUUGCAGUCUCACGAUACUCAGGCAACGAUGGGCGCAUGCACAAGCCCUUCAACCCUUUCUUUUCUCCCGUCGCCGCUCUCCCUCCCUCACAAGCAGGGCAACCGGUUGAUGAGAGCAGCACACGUGGCAGCAUUCGCAGUGUCACGAUAUUCAGGCAACGAUGGGCGCAUGCACAAGCCCUUCAACCCGCUGCUGGGGGAGACCACCGAAGGGGACUAUCCCGACAAAGGCAUCCGUUACAUCUCCGAGUCGGCAACGAUGGGCGCAUGCACAAGCCCUUCAACCCGCUGCUGGGGGAGACCACCGAAGGGGACUAUCCCGACAAGGGCAUUCGUUACAUCUCCGAGUCGGUGGUGCACUAUCCGCCAAUGAUAGCCUGGCACGUGGACGGCACAGGGUGGAAGUUCUGGGGCGACGUGUGCCCCAAGAUUCGAUUCUGGGGGCCGUCCAUCCAGCUGGACCCUGUGGGCGUGCUGACUGUGCAGUUUGACGAUGGAGAGACGUACGCGUGGAGCAAUGUGACGGUGCUGAUUCAGAACCUCAUUCUGGGGAAGCCCUUCGUGGAGCACUACGGCACCAUGCGCAUCAAGGGCAACCGCGGCUACUCUGCCCGCCUGCGCUUCAAAGAGCGCUCCACCUUCGACAGGAACCCCCACCAGGUGCGGGGGCUGGUGCAGAACGAGGCAGGGGACGAGCAGGGGACGCUGAUGGGGCGGUGGGACCAGCACAUGCACUACGUGCCGGGGGACCUGACGAGCAAGACAGCCAAGGAGGAGAGCGAGGUGCUGGCCACGGCGCAGCUCAUCUGGAAGAAGAACCCCGUGCCGCCCAACACCAAGUACAAGUUCACGCCCUUUACAAUCACGCUCAACGAGCUCCCUCCCUCGCUCAAGGAGUGUCUGCCCCCCACGGACUCGCGGCUGAGGGAGGACCAGAGGGCACUGGAGGAGGGGCGGUACGACUUUGCCAACCAGGAGAAGUGCCGUCUGGAGCAGCGCCAGCGCAAGGCGCUCAAAGACGGGGAACCAGGGUGGGGCCCACGGUGGUUCAAGCCCUCAGGGCCUAACAACACAUGGCGGUACACUGGGGGUUACUGGGAGCGGCGGGAGAAGCGGGACUGGUCCGGUGUGCUGGACAUGUUUGCGCCGGAGGAGACCGAUGGCGAUGCUAACAAGGCGUAG